AUGAGGCACACCAUACGAAUCCUCACCUCCCUAGCAAUAAUCAACCUAACCCGAGCCGCCCCAGCCUCAGACCCCAGCAAAGACCGCAGACCCAAGCACUUCUCCUUCCUGGACUACUCUCAACCGGAACUCGACUACCCCGCCUACAACAUCGACAACGACGACUACAUCUCCAUGGCCUUGGAAGAGAACGACCUCGGGCGCACUAUCCCUCGAUCUAAGCCGCUAAUCCGUCCGCAGCAGUACAAUUCGCCCAUUUACUACAUUCGGCUGCCCCCGCAGCCCUACAUGUACGUGCCGGGCCUAGGCUACGUCUCCAAUCCUGCCCCGCCGCCUGUGUCGCCGUUCGUCAACCUGCCCAUGUCCUUCGUGGCCAAUGGGAAGCCGAGCAACGUGUAUCAGUGGUCGGGCGCCUUUCAGGGCUUCCCUGCGCAUGCGCAGGCCGCCCCACCUGUUGCGCUGCCCAAGCCGCAUAAACAGAAGAAGCCGCUGCAGGAUUCGACGGUGCAUAGGCUGCCCGGGAGUUUCGCGUUCAAUGGGAAGCCAGAGGAUAUAUUCGUGCUGAGGGACUCGUAUAAUUCGCUGUUGAGUGAUGUGCUGCAGAAUGUGUAUCCGUAA